AUGGCAUACACAACAGCACCCUUUCGUAUUACAACACAGAACUGCAGAGGACGGAACUCGCUAGAGAAACGCUCUCACCUCCUACGGGACCUUAAACACGGUCGGGUCUCUGUAGCCAUGCUCCAAGAGACACACCUCAAAAUGUCUCUUAAAAGCAGAAGCUACCCGACCAGCUUCCACAGCACACACCCCACUGCACGCAAAGUAGGAGUAGCAAUACUCCUAGCAAACAGCGUCCAAUUCACUCUAACAGACCAACUAGCCGACCCGAAUGGCAGAUACCUCUUCAUCAAGGGUACGAUAUCGCAGAAGACAUACACAUUUGCCACUUUAUAUGCCCCUAAUGCAAAACAGACGAUGUUCCUUUGCAAGACGAUCUCGAAACUUGCUCUGGUCCUGGGUGGGGACUUUAAUGCCCCCCUGGACCCUUUGUACGACUCCUCAGUGGGACAUAGCAGUAUCCUCCAUUCCGCAGUAAGGACAAUACGGAAGACCUUGAGAGACCUGAGACUGGUAGAUACCUGGCGGACCUUGCAUCCCUCCGAUAGAGACUACACGCACUACUCGGCCAUCCACAGGAGAUACUCACACAUAGACUACCUCCUGAUCCAACAAGAGGGUGUACAACCUCUGCAGAACGCGGAGAUUCUCCCGUCACCAUGGUCGGAUCACAGCGCAGUACACAUGCUUCUGGACUCUCCCCUUUAUAGGCCCACACGAACAACAUGGAGGCUGAACGAAUCGAUACUAUCGGACCCAGACGUGAGAACACAACUGAGAGAACAUCUGCACAAUUAUUUUGCCGAAAACAAUACAGAAGAUACAUCGAAGAUGACACUUUGGUACUCCAGGGACAUUUCAUAA